AUGGGCAGGAUUUGGAGGCCCUCUCGCAGCGAGCAUCAUUCUCUGCCGAGGAUGAUUGCGAAGGUGCUGACGAUGAGCCUUCCGAAGAGGACGGCGGGGAGACUUGCUCUGACACGGCCAGGGCCGCCGAUUGCCUCGAGCCGGUCGAUUCUGUCAACGAUCAUCGCCUUGCAGACCAAGAGAGGGAACUCGGAGCAGAUCAGAUGGCAACCGCAGCUCGGGGCAUGGUCGAGAAAGGAUACGCCGUCUUCUCUGCAAACACCAACUGCCUCGGGCAUUCUCGUGCUGGACUUCGACCAUGCGGACGGGGGCGUGGAGCAGCUAGCUGAGUGGGAGAGGGAGCACGGUUCGUUCACGGAGCCGCGAGUGCGCACAGGCAGCGGGGGGGUUCACCUAUACUUCUUGCGUGAGAAGAGUCUAGAGGCGGGUUUGGGCGCAGACACCCUGAUGCACUUUGCAAAAUUGAAGCUCAGGGCUCGGGACCCUGAAAUGGGGAAGGAGUCCUUCAAGGAAGUGGGGGUGGACAUGCGGGACGUGAGCUUGAACGGCAUGAUAGCGUGCCCCCCCUCGUCCUACCAGCGGGGCGAGAAGGUCGCGCGAUACACUGCGGCCAGCAGAGGGGAGCUGCCAGCCGUAGAUGCCCUGCCACAGCUUCCCGACUGGGUCAUCGGGAUCCUGAACGAGCGCGCUUCGAGGGCAGCUGGGGGGGCGAAAGUGCGGAUGAAAGUCAAGGUCGCAGUCGAGAAAGUGUCUGGGGUCGAGGCCCCGUCCGCUUUCUCCAAGGCGCCGGAUCUUGCGGAUGCUGCUCUGUAG